AUGUGCCAGCCUCUUCCCACAGAUCAUCGCGCCCUCCCGCCCACUGCUCGCUUCUGCGUCAUCUGCAUCCCUGAUUGUGCAGCUUCCACAGAUCGCGCACCCCCGCCCACUCACUUCUGCGUCGCCAAUCCUGAUCGCGCGGCUUCCACAGAUCGCGCACUCUCGGUCACUCGCUUCUGUGAUGUCAAGCUAGUUGUGCCGUCCUCGAAUCGCGCAGUCUUCUCAGCGCUCGAAUGCCCCCGAGUACUUAGUUCGCGCAAUAAGCGAGGUUCCUCCUUUGAUGAUCUACCUCCCGACGAACUUGGACCUGCAACGCAAUACCUUAGGUUCAUGCUGUGCACGACAGUCUUAACUCGCGUCUUUGGCGUAGACGUAGCCGUCGAUCGUGCUCUACGCGUUGCACGCCGCGCCUGGGGUAAUCUCCCCACAGACGAACAGAUGUCGUUCUACGCUUUCGUCACCGCGCACUUCCUUCCGCUCUCGCUUCUUCCAGGGGGUGUCGAAGAAGGAACGUUGAACGGCGCUAUUCCUCUCUUUCUAUCAUCAUCCUCCCUUGACGCCCCAGUCUACACAUCACUUAACGCCGAAUGGCCGUUCUAUCAUAUCGUGGACGUCAUUGCCCCAGACGGUCCCCAGUUUCUGCGACCCAUUCCGUCGACACUCUUUGUACCAUUUGGCACUCGGAGCCACCAACGCUGCCGCCAAGUUCUCGAGCGCAUUAACCCGAUGCCUCUAUGGUUCAUCAAGGAGAACGGUCUACUCGGGGUUCCUAUUACGGGCAUGGACCGGUGCAUGCAGCUUCUGCGGGGAAGAGAUGAGUUGCGUCUCAACUCGCAAAGCAAGCCCAUUACAACUCUCAAGAUCAAGUUUGCCUGGCCGAACUACGUUUCUGCGGAGCGGCAGAUUCGUGCGUGGCCAAAUGCGCCGCUAAACAACCUCACGAAGCUCGCAGAGCUGACGGCCGGCGCCGUGCGCAAGUUCAUGACUGAUGCCGGCAUAGGAACGAUCAAUAUGGUAAACCAAACCUUAGCGCAUCAACCAUGGAGGAUCGGGACGGGAGCGGGGGAGAUAAAGACCGUCGACGUACUGCUGUUGGGUGUCAUCUUCGUCUCGGAUGGUGCUGCAAUGCCCCUUCUCGCUCCACGCGUCAAGAAAUCGCGCACGCGGCUGGAUCUCGUUUGGUCACUGUCUUCCUCCUUGACUUCCACUGCCCUGCUCACGACUGUCGCUCGUUUACUCGCCAACACUAGUAGCUAUCACGCGGCUAUUGGAACUGGACUAACGUUACGCGCCUACUGUUCGCUUAUUGUCUCAGGUUUCUGUGAAGACCUGUGCGUUACAUACGAUUACAUCACCACCAUGCCUGGCCCAUCGCAGCCCUAUAGCCAUCCCGGGCCCUCUACUGGCUACUACCCGCCACCAUACGCCUACCCGCCGCCGAUGAACAUGAACGGGAUGUACGGCUACCCAUACCCGAUGCCUCCAGGCCCUGGCCCAAUGCCCGGCUCACCACGGACGCGAGGAGGACCGUACCAGCCUGGCGAACCGUCUCGCCCGCCCCCUUUCUUCCCCGCACACCUCUACAUGAACCACCCGCCGCCGCCAUCACACUCGCCUCAGCCCAUGCACCCCCACGCGCACCAACCACAUCCGCUCCAUCAACAACCAAAAUUCCCACCUCAUCCUCCGCCUGGACCUCCACAAUUCGCGCAGGCGUACUCCCAUCCCGUACCCUUCCAUCCACACCCGCAAAAUUGGCACCAGGGCGCGCCGAUAUCUCCGUUACCGAAGCAGCUCGCUAUGCCUCCACCUCCGGCAUUGACACCUACGUCAGGUGCUCCGCCUAGACCGCGGAUAUUCGACGGUCCGCUUGAACCUGAACAGCAGCAGCAGCAGCAACAAUUGUCACAACCGCAGCAGCCGCCUGUUCAGUCAGUGCCUGAAUCGCCGCAACCGAACCCCGAACCGCAAGAGGUGCAGGCCGGACCAUCCGAACCGCCUCCUCCGCCAGACCCUACUCCACCACCAGAACCCCCACACGAAGAAUCAUCCACGAUCACUGUCGAGCAAGAGACACCUGAAGAAGAGGUCACCAUCGUUGCGACGAUUGAGCCUGAAGAGGCGCCCGCCGAAGUACCGCAGACAGGCACGGCUAUGCACACCGAUAACCCUCUCUUCAUGAUCUGGUCUCGGAGACCUACGAAUCCCGCUCUCGCACCGGGCGUCAUCAUUUCCCCUCGCGCACGUCCUGACGCUGUGACACGCUUCAGAGCAUCCAGUGCACGUACGCCCCCUGCGAGUCCUGUACUCAAACCCGUCGCUUUACCGCCACGCACGGCUCACUCGAGCGUGGGAAUGCUCAUCGGGCAAGAAGACGAGCCUGAGGAAGCGCCCGAGCCUCCAGCGGAGACCAAGGCCGAGAAAGAGACGAGCCCAGAGGUCGUCAGCACGGACGUCAGUACCGCGCCCGAUACGCCAAUGCCCGGUAGCCCGCUCUCGUCCAACACGAGCGUGUCCGUCGCUAAGGCCGCCGAGCCCGCGCCGCCGACCAUCGCCGAGGAGCCUGCACCGGCGUCAUCACCCGCUGCUGCUCCCGCUUCUCCUGCCGCACCCGCCGCACCCGCCGCACCCGUUGCACCUGCACCUAAGAAGUCAUGGGCAUCCCUCCUGCGCUCGUCUGGCCCGACUCCGGGUCUCCCGUCUUCCUCUGUCGUCGGCUUCUCGAUUCCCGCCUCACCUCCACCCGCUCGCGUCCCCCCAGCUCAACGUGAAGCCUUUCUCCGUCUUCUCUCCGGAAAGCAACACCCUCCUUCUAUGGGCUUACUACCCGUCAUCCGCCCGCGUGGGCUCGUCAACACCGGGAACAUGUGCUUCGCCAAUGCAGUCCUUCAACUGCUCGCGUACUGCGUACCAUUCGCUAAACUCUUCGAGGCCGUCGGCAAGGCAUUGCCGCCGGCUGAGGAGGGAAAGAGGUCUCGCAAUGUGACUGAGGGCGCCACGCCGCUUGUGGAUGCUACGGUCAGAUUCCUGAAGGAGUUUGGCCCGUUGGAGAAGAAAAAGGAUGGACGGGAGCGCGAUGAGGAAGAGGAGGAUGGGAUCGACUCGUUCUUGCCGGCGUAUGUGUAUGAUGCGAUGAAGGAGAAGAAGAGGUUCGAGAGCAUGCUUGGUCAACACCAAGAAGACGCCGAAGAGUUCUUCGGCUUUUUCCUCGACACGCUCGAAGAAGAACUUGCCGCGCUCUCCCAGUCCCUGUCUCCCCCCAAAUCUACGUCUACACCUCACAUCGUUGAGAAGACAUCUACUGCGCCGCCACCGUCUGAGGAAGACGCGGGCUGGAUGAACGUGGGCAAGAAGAAUAGGACGGUCGUUACGAGGACGGUCAGGGGCGCUGCGCCUGAAAGUGCUCUGACGAGGAUAUUCGGCGGGAAGUUUAUGAGCACGCUGAGGGUUCCUGGGCAGAAAGAUAGUGCUGUCAAGGAGGACUGGAGGGCGUUGCAGCUCGAUAUCUCCCGUGACAAUGUGCACACGAUCAAAGACGCCCUCAUCAACGUCGCCCAGCCCCAACCCGUCCAACUCAUCAAAUCCGGCGUGCCCAUCGACGGAACCCAACAAGUCCUCAUCGAUUCAUUGCCACCCGUCCUCGUCCUCCACCUCAAGCGUUUCCACUACGACACUACCCUUCGCACCAUAGUCAAACUCUCCAAAUCCGUCACGUUCCCGCCCUCCCUCGAAAUCCCACUCGAGCUCCUCUACCCCUCCGCCCAACGCAAGACCAUGCCGCGGACAUAUAAACUCUUUGGCGCGCUUUACCAUCACGGCGUCAGUGCUAGUGGCGGACAUUACACGCUCGAUGUAUUGCAUCCGAAUAGGGAUGGUGUUGUUGGUGGUGCGGGCGCGAGGCCGAGGGAGGCGUGGGUCAGGAUCGACGAUGAGUUGGUCAGCGAUGUUAGGGCUGAGGAUGUGUUUGGUGAUGCGAGGGAGGACCGGUGUGCGUAUUUGUUGUUUUAUAGGCUUGUGGGACGGACAUAG